AUGUCUGGUUCCGUCCACAACAAGCAGUUGUGCACUUUCUUCCAAAAAGUCGGUGCAUGCCGACAUGGAGACAAGUGUGUGAGGACACACGUGUAUCCCAAACACUCGAAAACGAUUCUGUUCCCCAAACUGUACGACAAUCCCAAACACGUGGAGGGGCUGAAAAAGGGCGAUCCCGAACCCGUCGCGCCCGAAAUCGUGUCCUCGCUCGACGAAACACAGAUCCAGCAACGCAUCGACUCGCUAUACAAAGACGUUUUCGUUGAACUGGCGCUGAAGUACGGGCCCGUGGAUAAAGUCGUCAUCUGCGAGAACGUGAACCCGCAUCUCAGUGGAAACGUCUAUGUGCGCUUCAGGGACGAAGCCGACGCGAUGAAGUGCUACAAGGAAUGCAACGACCGCUGGUACAACGGCAAGCCUGUUUUUGCAGAGCUCUCACCGGUGACCAAUCUUGACGACGCCACGUGCCGGCUCUACUACACUAACGAGUGCGACAGAGGCGGAAUGUGCAACUUCAUACACGAGAGACGGGCCGACUCCCGCCUAGAGCGCGAUCUGUUUGCCUCCCAGCGUCGCACCAUGUCCGAAAGACGACGCUAG